UUAUUUGAAUCGAUUUCAUUCCUCCAUCGAUAUCUCUGAUCAUCUAUUUAUCGGCAAAGAAAGCCUAAUUGUCGAAUCGGUAUUCUUCAUCUAUUUACUCGUACUUCUUAUCUGCGAAAGCGAAUAGAUUAGUUCUCACUGCAUCGAUAUUGAUAUUCAAAUCUAUUAUCCAAUAAUUUUUCUUCCCGCUCUUUAUUUAUCCAUCCGUCGCAUCACAUCACAUCACAUCACAUCAUAUUCUGAGACCGUCAGAUCGGAAAACACAGCGUACGAUUGGUACGAGUUCGAUUAUUUUGAUUCGGAGGAUAUAUUGCCGUUACACAAAUCGUUACUGUGGUACAUAACGUACCUAAGUACACAACAUAUACUUCACGAUGUCUUCAAAACCGGUCAAGAAGGUUCAUUAUACAUCUUCCACCAAAGGAUCUUCCGUUCACGGUGGUCCAUCAUCUACACCACCUACAUCAUCCAAACCUACGUCUUCUUCCCGUCGUCCAUCUUUCACUCACCAACGGCAUCCGUCUGAUUCAGGCGUCGGUUCAUCCUCUUCCAAUUCAGCUACUGCACAAGUAAACUCCACAUCCUUCUACACCGACGCCGAACGUGCGGAGCAAAGACAAAACGUUCGAGCCUUGAACGAAGCACUCGAUACACUCAAAGACCGAGUAAAAACCCUCGAAUUAAAGAACCGCGACCUCGAAGAGACAUUAACAGAAAGUAACCGCGAGAAACGAGAACUCCGUCGUGAACGCGAACAAUUGCUCGGCACGAUUGAAGAAUUGAAAAAGGACAAGAGUAGAGCCAAAGAUGCACGAGAGGGGAAAGAUAGUGAUGGAAUCCGAAUUCGAGGAUCCGAUAUUAAAAUCACCCCAGAGAAGAAAGAGAGAAGUGAUAGGAAUCCUGCAACAAUGGAGAGAAAUACACCACCUAUGACGCGAAGGGAGAAAGAACGGGAUACAGAUGCAAGAAAAAGAGAAGAAGAAAGACUUAAAGCACAACAUCAGACGAGGGAACGAAGAACUAGUUAUAGAGAUGCACCACCUUCUCCACUCUAUCGCGACGAUGAACGGGAUAUAAAUCCCAUGAGUCCUAAUUCUCGAUACCGGGAUGAGGAACAUGCUCGAGAGAAACGUAACUCGGGAACUCCUUCAACCUCUAAAUUACCAAAUCCCUUUACACCAAUUAGUCCUAUUGGAGGUAGUGGGAAUGCGGGACGGACUAGGAGGGCAAGUGUUAGUUAUGGCACUUCGCCGGGUGGAUAUACCAGUGCACCACAAGCUUUUCCGGGGAUGACGAUGGGGAGUAGUUAUGGGAGGAGGGAACAUGAUGAGGUGCCUUAUGUUAGGGGAGAGGUACCGGUUAGUGUUAAUGUUGGGGUUGCGGGGACGAGGGGGUCGAGAUUGAGUGGAGGGAGCACGGGGAGUGUGAAUGAUGAUUUGUUUCCUAAUGAUGGGAAGUAUCAUCCUUAUCCUUUGGGUAUGUGAGGGGUGUUGGUUGAUUGAUUGUGUUGUCUUUCGGGAUUUCGGGAUUUUGCUGUUUGAGCGAUUGAUUAUUUGAUGGUUGGAUAUUAAAAUUAUGGAUGUAUUGAUGGAUGGAUGGAUAGGGUAUUCUCUUUUUCCUUUUUGUACUUAUUUUGCACUUUUUUACGGCGAGCGU